AUGUUAAUUAAUUCUCAGCAGGUAAAAAAAAAAAGUAAACCGCAGAAGGAGAUUAAAGAAGGCACAGACUACGAAUACGGCACUCUGAACUUCCAGGUGACCGGCUACAACAUGUACUACGUAGAAAAAUUUGUCCGGUAUAUUCAUAAAUUCUUUAACCAGAUGUCCAUCGCUGUGGAGGAGAGCUAUGCCCUGCAGACCAGGAGCAAGGAGAUUCUGGUGCAGCAGGAUGCGAAGAGCAAGAUGACCGUGGAUUACAUACUCACCACCCACGAGCGAGUCAUCCAGGUAAGUGGCCUCAAAGCUACCCUGGCCCCUAUUAUCCUGGAGGUCAUGAUGAUGAAUCAGCCAGAAGGGGUCCAACUUCAAGUCAUUAAAGUAAGAGAACUGUUCUCAGAUAUUAACCCCUUCAAGCCUAAGGGUAAAACAAAUCUUCAUGCCUAA